GUGUGUGUGUGUGUGUGUCUUUAAAUAGCUCCGCCCCUCGCGCUCAGUGUGCGCGUGCCUCCCCUCAGCAUGGCUGCAGUACCGGACUCUCCUCUCUAUCUGGGCCUGGAUUUCAGCACCCAGCAGUUGAAGGUGGUGGCUAUUGAUGGAGACCUCAGUGUGGUCCAUCAGGACAGUGUACAGUUUGACUCUGAGCUGCCUGAGUUCAGGACUCAGGGAGGAGUUCAUAUCCAUGCUGAUAAACUGACUGUCACAUCACCAGUUCUCAUGUGGGUCAAGGCUCUGGACCUGCUGUUGGACAAGAUGAAGAGAGCUAGCUUCACCUUCUCCCAGGUCAAAGCGUUGUCAGGCAGCGGACAGCAACAUGGGAGUGUGUUCUGGAAGAAAGGAGCUGCUCAGACUCUGGCCCAGCUGGACCCGGGUCAACACCUGUCCCAGCAGCUGCAGGAUAGCUUCUCAGUUCAGGACAGUCCAGUGUGGAUGGACUCCAGCAGUAGUCAACAAUGCCAGGACUUGGAGAAGGCAGCAGGGGGCGCUAUGAGACUGGCGGAGAUCACUGGCUCCAGGGCCUAUGAGCGCUUCACAGGAAACCAGAUCUCCAAACUUCAGCAGAUCCGAGCAGACCUUUUCCAACAAACUGAGAGGAUCUCAUUGGUCAGCAGCUUUGCAGCCUCUCUCUUCCUUGGUGGUUACGCUGCCAUCGACUACAGCGAUGGUUCUGGGAUGAAUCUGUUGGACAUCCAGGCCAGAAGCUGGUCUCAAAUCUGUCUGGAAGCAACAGCUCCUAACCUGGAUCAACUGCUAGGAGCUCCACUUCCAUCUGCCUCUGUACUGGGUCCUGUCUCCUCAUACUUUGUUCAUCGGUAUGGUUUCUCUGAGAGCUGCAGGGUGGUGGCGUUUACUGGAGAUAAUCCAGCAUCCCUGGCAGGAAUGAGGCUCCAUCAGGGAGACGUUGCUGUCAGCUUGGGGACUAGUGACACGGUGUUCCUGUGGCUCCAGGAGCCGCGGCCUGCCCUUGAGGGCCAUAUCUUCUGCAACCCUGUGGAGCUGCAGGCGUACAUGGCCCUGCUGUGCUUCAAGAACGGAUCACUGACCAGAGAACGGAUCAGGAACCAGUGUGCUGCAGGAUCCUGGGAAGAUUUCUCUGAUGCUUUGAGGGAGACGGCGAUUGGAAACAACAGGAACAUUGGCUUUUAUUUUGAUAUCAUGGAGAUCACUCCUCCUGCUGUUGGUGUUCAUCGCUUCGACCCAAACGACUGUGAGGUGUCCGGGUGGAGUCCUGAGGUGGAAGUCAGGGCUCUGGUUGAGGGUCAGUUUCUGUCCCGCAGGCUCCACGCAGAGAGACUCGGAUACUCCAUCAUUCCAGGAACCAGAGUUUUGGCCACUGGAGGAGCUUCUGCCAACAAGCAGAUCCUGCAGGUUCUGUCUGACGUGUUCAACGCUCCGGUUUACACCAUCGACCUGUCCAACUCGGCCUGCUUAGGCUCCGCCUACCGAGCUCUGCAUGGUUUAGUGGCAGAAUCUGGAAUCUCCUUCCUAGAUGUGGUGAAGAAAGCUCCAGAACCUCAGCUGGUCUGCACCCCCAACCUUGCAGCACAGCAGGUGUACGACCAGAUGUUAAAGCGCUUUCCACAGCUGGAGGAAAGGGUCCUGCAAAAGACUUACGCCUGAGACUCAGCCGCCCAAUCAGGACAGCCGAUGAAUCAUGAUGCAGAGUGUUUGCGUCGAGUGUUUAUUCUACACCUAAAGGUUACAAUGGUGACAGUUUCUGUUCUCUGAUUGGCUGGGAGGAGCUUCUGACCCGACAGAAAACUUUGUGGACCCUGAAACGGAUCAGUCUGACGUUCUGAAGCCUCCAGAGGGAAACAUAAAUCAACUAAUUUGUGUCACUUCUUUUAAAAAAAUAAAAUCAGAUUUAAAUUCA